GGCCGCUCCCCCGUCGGGAAGAGCCCCGCGGGAGGGUGCGUGGCCUCGGGGCUCCCGGCCCUGCGGGGAGCAGGGGGGGCUCGGGGCGACCUUGGGUGAACCCGAAGGCCCUCCCCUGUCUCAGUUCCCCCGGCUCAGCGCGGGCAGCCGGGGCGGUCCGGGCGUGGAGCGAGUGCGGGGCCUGCGUGGUGCGUUCCUCUCUCUCGUGUUUCCCCGAUCCGGGCUGGGGUGUUGGGUCUUGCCGCCGAGUGGGAGCUGUCGCUGCUGGCUGCCGGACGUGGCUCUCAAGUGUUGAGUGUCUGCGCUGCCUUCUUUUUAGAGAGACUCUGCGGGAUCGCGGAGCUUGGCGGUCGGUUUGUAGAUCGGGUGUCCGAGGUGAUGUGGGCCAUGCUUUGUUCCCUAGCAGUAACUCGUGAAUGACCGUGUCCCUUAAGUGAUGAGAACCUACAGACUCCUGCUUCCCCCCACACCUCCUACUCUGCUCUCUAGUUAAUGAAAAUACUUUCUGUGUUGGAAUCGGGCUUCUGGGACAAAGCUUGUCUCACACAUCACUUCUGAGAUGGUCCCUCUGCACGGAAACUUCACUAUCUCAGUAGGAUGCUGCGUUAACCUGAUGUUCUGUGUGAGCCUACUUGGCAAAUUUGUUUUACUGUACGUCUGUCAGAAAGUUCUCCAGUGUGAAACUGUACCCGAGUGUAGCUCUGAUUGUCCAAGGAAGUAAAAGCUGCCUGAUUGUGUUGUCAGCAUAUCUAAUACAACUUCGUUUCCGUGAUUUGAAAGGGAGAGGUCUAAAAGUUAAAGUUCUCAAAGAAUUCAUACAGGUAGCAUCUGCUUGGAGAUUGCUUGUUGGGGGUGAAGCUGCAGGGUGAGUGUGACAGUACUGAUAGGCACCUCCCGUGGGUGGGAGAGAGUGCUGGGGUACUGACACGUACUUCAUGGUAAGAAAGAAAGCUCGUGGAAAGUGGGCUCAUAAACUCCUUGCUUUGGGUGGUGUUACACUAUUUGCAUAUUGUGUCUCUGAGUACUCUGUGUACUUUGAUCUUGGAAACAGUUAGAGGGACUUUUUUCUAUCUGAGAGUACUGUGAAACUUGGUGCUUAGUGAUUGGGCUGAAUUGAAAAUAUGAAAUGUGCAUUACCAAUAACUUUCAGUAACUUUCCUCACCUACGUUUGCCUUUAGAAACAGAUGUGGUCUACAGUGCUUAUGACUGUCUCCAUAAAAGCACCAUUGUCAAUUCAGACACAAUACUGGAAUAAAAAGCAUACAACUAUUUAGGUUUACAGGAUGAAAAUUAACUUUUAAUUGAAAUAAUUGUAGUGCAGUUUUACAGAUGUUUUUGUCUCUUGUGAAUGUCUCAUUCCACUCUGUGUUUCCUAUUUAAUGUGGUAUCUUUCUUACAGGAAUUAACAAGUUCUUUUUCUGUUUACCAGAGCUGUUUGGUAUUUCUCCUUGCUGGAGUAUUCAGUGUCUCCUAAGUGUUUGGAAAUAAAAACGUCAAGCUAGAUGGCAAAACAAAUGAUUUGAUUUGUCGCUUGUUUUGUUUUAUUUGUUUUUAGGGAUAUGAUUGUGUGCACCUAUUUAAAAAAACAAAACAACAACGUAAAACCUCAAACAGUCAGAGGUGUCUGCCUUUAUUUUUUUUUUUCAAGCAGUAAGUUUCAAAUCCCAGAUCUUAAUCCACGUCCUCCUCAAAACUGAUGUGUGAUUUUUUUAAUUGUUUUUCACGUAACAAACAAUUCUAGUCAUCUUUUAAUUACUGCUCCUGCUUAAAGGCAUGUGAGUGAUGAUUUGUGGAUGGAAGGUAAAACUCAAUACGUUAAAUAUAUCUAGGGAUGUUUAAUGCCUAUCAGAGUCUGUUAGAGCACCUACAGAUUGCACCUGUUCUGACUAAUGUGGGAAAAUAAAAUAGAUUCGCUUCAUUUUCAUUGAUUUUUUUUUUUUUUUUUGUAAGAGACAACCUGCUACAGAAAUGAGGUGACAUGUACCCCUAGUGUAUAAAAUCAUGUGUGUUUCACUAUAAAUGUGUGCUUUGUGGAUGUGUUCGUUAGCUUUCACAUGAAUCUAUAGGUUCUAUUUAACUAUAUGUAUGGGGGGUGAUGGGAAAGGACAAAUCUUUGAGUCAAGUUUUAAUAGUCAUAACAUAAACACGUUUAAGUGUGAACAUGUUUAAGCAUAUAACAUCUUGUAUAAACAGUAAUUAGUGUGAUACAUGAUACGACACUUAAUGGAACAAAUUAAGUGUUAUAUUUUUCUAAAUAUUCAUCAUCAUAGUUUUUGCUGUGCAGGAAAACUUUUGGGUUUUGUUGUUGGUUUUUUGUUGUUUUUUUUUCUUUUUUUUUUUUUUCCCUUUACUACUUUCGGUUUCAGUUUACUUAGGGAAUGUCCAAAGAGUAUUCAUAUUUUGAAAGAAGGAAAUGGCUUUUUCCUCUCCCCCUUCCACCAGUGUAUUCAUACGUGGGAAGGUAUAAAUCCUUAUAAUGAAAUUGAAAGACAAAGGGAAAGAAUUCCUGGAGUACAGAGGCUCAUUGCAAGUGCUGACUUUCUUUUCUGGUGAUGGUAAGCCAGGUCUUCACUCAACUUCAGUAAAUGGAUCAAUAUGGGUUUUUAAAGAGAAGUAUGUUUUACAUUUCUGGCCAUUUUGGUAAAUGUUUUUUUUUUUUGUUUAGUAUCCAUGUAUUUGAGCCAUGAUUUUCAUAGAGAACCGGGAUUCAAGGUCUGGCUGUUAGUAACUGAAUUCUGAUUCGCACAUCAUGUGAGAGGGGCAAGAAAUUCACUGUCAGGGUCUUUACCAAAUAAUUUAACAUUUAUCGUUUACUUGUAUUAAUCUCCUGCUUUGCCUGACCAAUCCCCCUCCCCCAAGAGAGCGCUGUAACUAUUGCUUAAAUAUUUGUUUCCCAGAGACAACAGCAGUGAACAAAUUGCGUGCUUGAAGUGACUUUUGUUCUUGUCAUCUCAAAUACUUUGACCUUAACUAACAUUUACUGCACUGACUUCCUGUAUAUACAGCCAACACCUGGCAGCCUCAUACAGCAACGUAUGGGCCGUGAAUGAAAGUCUGGAGGCUGCUGGCUCGUAUGGAUAGUACUGUGCAUAAUGUAUUUAGUUGGUUAGCCAGAAGUCAGCAAAUAGAGUGUAAAGGGCUGUGUUUUGUAAUGAAGCAACAUGUAGCUGUAUGAACUGGUGAGACAUUCUUCAGGAAAGUAGCCUCAUACUAGAAGUAUCUAAAUUUAAAAAAGGUAACUUAAAUAACACUUAGAUCCAGGAUUCCUGCUUGGCAGUGUUAAAAUGUGAGGAAGCUGGACUUCAAAUUGCUAUUUUUUAAUAUCUCCACCUCAUUGUGGUGGAACUUUUGGACAAAAUAACUUGUUGAUUGCAAAAUUACAUUAUAAAUUAAGAAUUAUGACCUUACAUAGACUUGUUAUGUAUUAAUCUCUUAAAGGAAUCAUUAACUACUCUUUACUUUUAAUAGGUUGAGCCUGCUUCCCUAUAUUAGUAACUGCUGAAUGGAGAAAGGGGGUGGAAAUCAGUCUUUACCAGGACUCGUUCUGUAAUCACCUCACAUGGUGGUUUUUUACCCGUGUUCUACUGAGUGGUGAAGAAUUAGGAGAAGUUGCAGUUGUUCAGCUGAGUGGAUCUAAAUGGGUGGCUUCCCUUUGGACCCCCAGUGCCCUGUCUUCAGUAAGAGGGGUGGCCUGCUUCUUUUGGAGCAACUUAUAUUUCCUUAGGACAGGUACAGGAACUGUAGAAGUCCGUUUUAGAAUUGGGAAGUAGAAGUUUCUGCAGCUCUGGAAAGAUAUGCCAUGGAAGUAAUCAGCUGGGGUGGUCCCAUAGCGCUCUGGGCCCGAGUAUUGCUGAGUGAUCAUUGGCUGCCACCUGAGUGACAAAGUAAAGGACCAAGUCUUCAAUUUAAACCAGUGGAGCCAGAUCACAGGAAAGAAUUGACAGAGUUGUUAAGCUCAUGCUUAGCCCAACGUGACACAGGACUGGUGUGUGACAACUGUUUUUAAUCAGUGACUCAAAAUUGUGAUCACCCUGAUGUCACCGAAUGGCCACAGCUUGUAAAAGAUCACCAGGAGAACCUCACUCUGAAAACAUUGAAACUAGCCGAAUGAAGCGAGCAGCUGCAAAGCAUCUAAUAGAGCGCUACUACCACCAGUUAACUGAGGGCUGUGGAAAUGAAGCCUGCACGAAUGAAUUUUGUGCUUCCUGUCCAACUUUUCUCCGUAUGGAUAACAAUGCAGCAGCCAUUAAGGCCCUCGAGCUUUAUAAGAUUAAUGCAAAACUCUGUGAUCCUCAUCCCUCCAAGAAAGGAACGAGCUCAGCUUACCUAGAAAACAACUCCAAGGGUGCCCAUAACAAUUCCUGCACUGACAGAAAAAUGAACAAGAAGGAAAUGCAAGGCCCAAGAGAUGACUUCAAAGAUGUGACUUUUCUAACGGAAGACAAGAUAUAUGAAAUUCUUGAACUAUGUCGAGAGAAAGAGGAUUAUUCCCCUUUAAUCCGAGUGAUUGGGAGAGUAUUUUCCAGUGCUGAAGCACUGGUACAGAGUUUCCGAAAAGCCAAGCAUCACACCAAGGAGGAGCUCAAGUCUCUUCAAGGAAAGGAUGAAGACAAAGAUGAAGAUGAAAAGGAAAAAGCUGCCUGUUCGGCUGCUGCUAUGGAAGAAGAUUCAGGCGCGUCAUCAUCUUCAUCGUCAAGAAUAGGUGAUAAUACACAAGGAGAUAAUAACCUCCAAAAAUUAGGCCCUGAUGAAGUGUCUGUAGAUAUUGAAGCAGUCAGGCGGGUCUACGAUAGAUUACUUUCUAAUGAAAAAAUAGAAACUGCCUUUUUAAAUGCACUUGUGUACUUGUCACCUAAUGUGGAAUGUGACUUGACUUACCAUAAUGUAUACUCUCGGGAUCCUAACUAUCUGAAUUUGUUUAUUAUCGUUAUGGAGAAUGGCAAUCUUCAUAGCCCAGAAUAUCUGGAAAUGGCUCUGCCGUUGUUUUGCAAAGCAAUGAGCAAGCUGCCCCUUGCAGCUCAAGCAAAACUGGUCAGAUUGUGGUCUAAGUAUAGAGCAGACCAAAUUCGGAGAAUGAUGGAGACGUUUCAGCAGCUUAUUACUUACAAAGUCAUAAGCAACGAGUUCAACAGUCGUAACCUAGUGAAUGAUGACGAUGCUGUUGUUGCUGCUUCCAAGUGCUUGAAAAUGGUUUACUAUGCAAAUGUAGUAGGAGGGGAUGUGGAUACGGAUCAUAAUGAAGAGGAAGAUGAAGAACCCAUCCCGGAAUCAAGUGAACUAACUCUUCAAGAGCUGUUGGGUGAGGAAAGAAGAAAUAAAAAAGGUCCUCGAGUGGACCCACUGGAAACUGAACUUGGUGUUAAAACUAUAGAUUGCAGAAAACCACUUAUCCCCUUUGAAGAAUUUAUUAAUGAACCACUGAAUGAUGUUCUAGAAAUGGACAAAGACUACACUUUCUUCAAAGUAGAAACAGAAAAUAAAUUCUCUUUUAUGACUUGUCCCUUCAUAUUGAAUGCUGUUACUAAGAACCUGGGACUGUAUUAUGACAAUAGGAUCCGGAUGUACAGUGAACGACGCAUAACUGUGCUCUACAGCUUAGUACAAGGACAGCAGCUCAACCCAUAUUUACGACUUAAAGUGAGACGUGAUCACAUCAUAGAUGAUGCACUCGUGCGGCUAGAGAUGAUUGCCAUGGAAAAUCCUGCAGACUUGAAGAAGCAAUUGUAUGUUGAAUUUGAAGGAGAGCAAGGGGUAGAUGAAGGAGGUGUUUCCAAAGAAUUUUUUCAACUGGUUGUGGAAGAAAUCUUCAAUCCAGAUAUUGGCAUGUUCACAUAUGAUGAAUCUACAAAACUGUUUUGGUUUAAUCCGUCCUCUUUCGAAACCGAGGGUCAGUUUACACUGAUUGGCAUAGUGCUGGGGCUCGCCAUUUACAAUAACUGUAUACUGGAUGUACAUUUUCCCAUGGUUGUCUACAGGAAGCUAAUGGGCAAAAAAGGAACUUUCCGUGAUCUGGCAGACUCUCAUCCUGUUCUUUACCAGAGUUUGAGAGACUUGCUAGAGUAUGAAGGAAGUGUGGAAGAUGAUAUGAUGAUAACUUUUCAAAUAUCUCACACGGAUCUCUUUGGCAAUCCAAUGAUGCAUGAUUUAAAGGAAAACGGUGAUAAAAUUCCUAUUACAAAUGAAAAUAGAAAGGAAUUUGUCAAUCUGUAUGCUGACUAUAUACUCAAUAAAUCAGUAGAAAAACAGUUCAAGGCCUUUCGGAGAGGAUUCCACAUGGUGACCAAUGAAUCUCCUUUGAAAUAUUUAUUUAGACCAGAGGAAAUUGAAUUACUUAUUUGUGGAAGUAGGAAUUUAGAUUUUCAAGCACUAGAAGAAACUACAGAAUACGAUGGUGGCUAUACAAGAGACUCUCUUAUUAUUAGGGAAUUCUGGGAGAUAGUCCAUUCAUUUACGGAUGAACAGAAAAGACUAUUCUUGCAGUUUACAACAGGCACAGACAGAGCCCCUGUGGGAGGACUUGGAAAGUUAAAGAUGAUCAUAGCCAAAAAUGGCCCAGAUACAGAGAGGUUACCUACAUCUCACACAUGCUUUAAUGUACUUUUGCUUCCGGAGUACUCAAGCAAAGAAAAGCUUAAAGAAAGAUUAUUGAAGGCCAUCACAUACGCCAAAGGAUUUGGCAUGCUGUAAUAAAUGUAACAAAAGGGAUGAAAAAAAAAUGAUGGUGGUGAUGUCCCUGUCCAAAAAGGCCAUAAGAUAGUGAGCUACAGUAGUCACCUGUGUUUGUGCCUCCCUUCUUUACUGGGGACAUUGGGCUGGAACAGCAGAUUUCAGCUGCUUAUAUGAACAAAAUCUUUAUUUUUUCUUUUAGCGUGAAAGUGUUACAUAUUCUUUCACUUGUAUGUACAGAGAGGUUUUCCUGAAUAUUUAUUUUAAGGGUUAAAUCACUUUUGCUUGUGUUUAUUACUGCUUGAAGUUGAGCCUUUUUGAGUAUUUACAAGAAAACAAACUGUACUCUCCCAAGGAAACUAUUGCCAUCAUUUGUAGACUAUGUAACCUUCAAGUAUGUGCUAUAUUUUUGUCCCUGUAUCUAAUCAAAUCAAGAACUGUACUUUUUGAAGAGUUUGCUUUUGAAACUUGAAGUCUUGGAAAACAGUGUGAUGCAAUUACUGCUGUUCUAGCCCCCAAAGAGUUUCUGUGCAAAACCUUAAGAAUCAAUAAAGAUGGAAGGGAGAACUUGGAAUGUUAAAUUGCAGCCUUGAAAACUUUACUUUAGUCACAGCACAACAAUUAAAAUUCAUUUCACUAUAUGUUGUCUUCACAUGUCUUGUAAUAAAUUGUGGUUUUAAUUAGAAAAACAUUUCUUAGCAUAUGAAAGGGUAGAAAUUUUAGUUACUUUUUCUAAAAAAAGAAAAAAGUUUACUGGGGAAAAGUGCAUUUUCAACUGAACGGCUUUAGAGUAGGGAGUGAUGAAGUGUUUGGGGGGGGUGGGAAUAGGAAGUUUUUGCUAUAUUAUAAACAAAGCAUGUGGAAGUGCACUUAAAAUGAAGUUUUAUUCUUAAUUGCCUAUUAUGUUGACCUUUUAAAUAGACAAUCCAAAGUCUUCCCUACGUGUUAUGUCAUGGCCAUUUAUUUAAUGAAUCAUUGUUCCUCCUUAUCAAGGCACAUGAUCAGUGUUGCAACAUAAUCUAAAGGGAUGGCUGCUGUAUUUUAAUCUCUAACGAUAAGCAAAAUUGAAAAAUAUUAAACCUAAAGGCCUACUUCAUGUUGUACACUUCCAACCAUUAAAUAAACUGUUAGAAAGUAAGUAAUGAGGUUAUGUUCAUCUGCUACAGAAAAUAUUCAGUAGGUUUUUAAUUUAACUCAACAAAUCAUAUCGGAAAUAAAUCCUUUACCUUUUGUAGUCUGUGUUUAAUGUUAAUUUCUCCUGUUGCAAUAUAUGACAAAGGGAUUAUGCAUUUUUAAGAGGAGACAUAACUGGCAUAUCUCUUUUAUAAUACAAGCUACAGCUGACAUGCAGAGCUGAGCUUGUGCCUUGACAAUUGCUAUAACUGACUACUACAGAUCAGAUCAGUGGCUGUGUGGAAUUGGCAUUAAAAAGGCAUAGUUUUGAAAUCAUUGGAGAAAGAAAAGAUGUCUUUCAGGAUUAUUUUAAUAAUUACUUUCUAGUAAUAGAAACAGACAACUGCUAUGUAACUAUGAUGCUGAAUAAAACAGUGACCUUUUUUCACCAUGUUUCAGUGAAAAAGCAAACGAUUUCCUUACUUUGA